AUGGCAUUGAAUUUUAAACUUGAAUCAGGUGUUCAGUUACUGUCACGACUAUCAAAAAAAUCGGUAAUUGAAAAUUUUUAUCCUACUCUGUUCAAGUGUGGUCCGGAAAAAGAUGAAGUUAUUGAAAUAUUUAGUAAUAAUAGCGCAAAUCCGCUGCUGUAUGAUUUGAUAUCAGAAGCCCUGCUCCCGCAUUUAGUUGGGGGUGUUGAAACUGGAAUAGUAUUUUUUAAUACUGAUGGAAAUUUUGAUAAAAACAAGUUCAUUGAAUUAUUUAAGCACAAGCUUUAUACCAAUGUAACCGAAAAGAAAAUAAUCAAUUUGAAUGAUGAAGCAAUGGAUAUAAUAAUAAAUGGUUGUUUAAACAAUUUCACUGUAAUAGAUGUUUAUGAUCCUUCUCAAUUCAUAGUAUCUGUUCAAAAUUUAGAUAAUAUGUUAAUGAAACACUCAAAUAUAUCAUUAAUAAUAUUUAAUACUUUAAGUGCAUUUUAUUGGUCAGAACAAAGUUUUAAAGUUACAAAAAUGGAUUUAUAUUUAAAAAAGCUGCUUAAGUUUGUACAGAGAAUAACUAAAGACUUUAAAGUAGUGAUUUUGUACACUAGACCAGAAUAUUUUUGUAGUAGUAAAGAAGCUAUAGAAAAUCUGGAACCAUGUUGUUCCAUGCCAACUGAGGAGAGAAUAAAUUACCGGUUGCAAGUUAAAUAUUCAAGUAAUAAUAGUGACUGCAAUUAUGUUGUUGUACAAACUGCUGACAAACUUGUAAAAAUACCAUUUAUAUUAAUUAAUGGAAAUAUAUCUUGGCAGAGUUGA